AUGAUGAGUAACAGCAAUGGGGCCCAGCCUGCAGAAGUGCAACUCUGCUAUGAGAACAUCAAUGGGUCUUGCAUUCAGACUCCCUAUUCCAUAGGACCCCGAGUCAUCCUCUAUGUGGCCUUUGGCUCUGGGGUUGUGCUGGCUGUCUUGGGAAACCUUCUGGUCAUGAUUUCAAUCCUUCACUUUAAGCAGCUGCACUCUCCAGCCAAUUUUCUCAUUGCCUCCUUGGCUUGUGCUGAUUUUUUGGUGGGAGCCACUGUGAUGCCCUUCAGCAUGGUGAGGUCAGUGGAGAGUUGCUGGUAUUUUGGGGAGAGUUAUUGUAAACUUCAUACUACUUUUGAUGUGGCAUUUUGUUAUACUUCCCUCUUUCACUUGUGCUUCAUCUCUAUUGAUAGAUAUAUUGCUGUUACAGAUCCUUUAGUCUAUCCAACCAAGUUUACCUUCUCUGUCUCUGGACUAUGCAUAGCUCUCUCCUGGACUAUCACUAUGUCUUACAGCGGUUCUGUUUUUUACACAGGUGUCAAUGAUGAUGGACUGGAGGAAUUAGUAAGUGCCCUCACCUGUGUGGGAGGCUGUCAGAUUGCUGUGAAUCAAAACUGGAUCAUAAUAGAUUUUCUGUUGUUUUUCAUACCUAGUAUAGUUAUGGUUAUUCUUUACUCUAAGAUUUUUCUAGUAGCUAAGUCCCAGGCUAGAAAGAUUGAAAACACAAGUAGCAAAGGGGAAUCUUCAUCUUCAGACAGUUACAAAGCCAGAGUAUCCAGGAGGGAGAGAAAAGCAGCAAAGACACUGGGCAUUGCUGUGAUCGCAUUUCUAAUUUCAUGGUUACCCUACUCACUUGACUCAUUAAUUGAUGCUUUUCUUGGUUUCAUCACCCCUGCAUAUAUUUAUGAGAUUUGCUGUUGGUUUGCUUAUUAUAACUCAGCUGUGAAUCCCCUGAUUUAUGCUUUCUUUUACCCUUGGUUUCGGAAAGCUAUAAAACUCAUUGUCAGUGGCAAAGUCUUACAGAAUGGCUCUUCAACCAUGAAUUUGUUUUCUGAACAAGAAUAA